UUCGCUAUUUUCUUCUAAGAUUUUUUCCAAUUUUAAUCAAAAUAAAUAUUUUUUAAUUGUUGUUUACUGUGAUAGUUCAACAUGGAUCAAUAUUUUAAAAGCUAUGAAGAAUUAGAUGUCCAUCGUUUAAUGCUCGAUGAUACGUCCAGAACUUUAGCAUAUAAAAAUGCUAUAUUUAAAUGUGCAGAUAAAUUCAAAGACAAAGUAGUUAUCGAUGUUGGUGCUGGGACAGGUAUACUCUCUAUUUUCUGUGCUCAGGCUGGUGCAAAAACAGUAUAUGCGGUAGAAGCUAGCGAAUUAGCCAAAAUAUGCAAAGAAGUUGUUACUGAAAACAAUUUAGAAAAUGUAAUUGAAGUGAUCCAUAGUAAAGUAGAAGAUUUGGAUCCAAAUAAUAUUCAAAAGGUAGAUGUAAUAGUCUCCGAAUGGAUGGGAUUUUAUUUAGUACACGAAGGAAUGUUUGAAUCAGUUCUAUUUGCUAGAGAUCAUUUUUUACGUGAAGGAGGAAUCUUAUUUCCAUCAGUAGCUAAAUUAUAUGCUGCUCCAUGUCAAUUGUCAAAUAUGUUUCAAUUUUGGGACAAUGUUUAUGGAGUUAAUAUGAAAUGCAUAGGAAAACAUUAUCGAAAGAAUAAAUCGAUGAAACCAGAAAUAGCAUUGGUGAAUCAGGAUGACAUUUUAGGGGAUGGUAAAUUAAUAACUUGGUUAGAUUUAGAAACCAUUAGUUUAGAAGAAAUAAAUAUUUUGGGUGAUGACGAAUACGUAUCAGUUUGUAAUAAAGGAGGAUUAUUGCAAGGAAUUUGUAUUUGGUUUUCCGUCGAAUUUCCUGAUGGUUCAGAAUUAUCUACAGGACCAAUGGAUGCAUCAACGCAUUGGAAACAAACUAUCAUUGUAUUGCCCGUAGAUGUAAAAGUAGAAAAAGACGAGCCUGUGGCAUUUCAUUUAGAAAUAAAAAAGGACACUUCGAAAGAAAGAAAAUUUAAUAUAGAAUUUAUAUUAUUGGAUGCUGCCGAAGUUGAACACGAAAUUCCAUGUUUUUGUUAUAUGACUAAGUGUAUUGUAACGAGAACAUAUUUAAUAGAACAACAAUCGAUUGAUAUCACGAAAGACUGAAAUUAUUUGCAUAUAAUAUGAUUAUGCAAUGUGCACUCCUAUUAAAAAAGUCUUAUUUUAUUAUUUACAUUGCUAAUAUAACAUAAUAUUGUAUAAAUAUAUAAUAUG